AUGGGCUGCAUGCACAGCAAAAAGGCCGACACUCUUGCCCCGGGCGAGUCGACUCAACCUGCACGCCCAACAGUUGCACAACCACAAACCGCAGCGAGCACAACACCCAGCGCACCAGCAAAACCAAAGCGCCAUGCUGAUAAUCCCGUCGUGUACUUUGAUGUUGCGAUUGGCGGACAGCCUGUGGGCCGUGUGCAGAUGGAAUUAUUUCUCGAUGUUGUGCCGGCUACGUCUGAGAAUUUCCGCCGGUUUUGUACGGGGGAGUUUGAGGGCGGAGGGUAUGAGGGCAGUGUGUUUCACCGUGUUAUCCCGGACUUUAUGAUUCAAGGCGGCGACUUUAAAAACGGCAAUGGCACAGGUUCCGCGUCCAUUUUCGGGGGCUCCUCUUUUGACGACGAGAACUUCACCCUACGUCACACGCACCCCGGUCUUCUCAGCAUGGCAAACUCAGGUCCAAACACAAACGGUUCUCAAUUCUUUAUUUUAACAUCGGCAACACCGCAUUUAGACGGAAAACAUGUUGUAUUCGGCGAGGUUAUUGAUGGCAUGGAUGUUGUCAGGAUGGUUGAGGGGACGCAGACCGGGGCUGGUGAUAGGCCGGUGAAGGAUGUUGUUAUUACUGCGGCUGGACAGUUGAGUGGGGCGGUUGUAACGUAG